AUGAAUGCUGAAUUGUGUUCAAAAUUUGACUAUUUGAGGAAGCAUUUACCCGAUGAAUUAGGAAAAAAUGGAACACUCGCUUUUGAUGAUAAUAAGGAUUUAACGCAAUAUUGCCCUGAGAAAGAUUCAGGAGUAAAUGAAUGCAAUAAUAAUCUAGAUAAAAUUACGGCUGGAUUUUUAUGGUUACUUGAACAAUAUUUUACUAAAUACCCAAAGAAAGGUCGUGAUGGAAAUAAUAUUAAUCCAAUUUUUUUUAUACAUAUUACUAUAUGGUUAAGUUACAAAUUAAAUCAAAAAUUAGGACACAAUUUCACUAAAAUAAGCGAUUUUUAUACUAAUAGUGUAGAUAAUAGUGGUAAAUAUAGUAAAUUUACAAAAGAUGCCUAUAAAUUUUCAGGUCUUGGUGAAUUCAUAGAGAAACAAACAGAUUUGAUGAAUAUUAAUAUUAAAGAUCUAUCUAAAUUUUAUGAUGCAUCCAAAUUAAUAUGUAGUAUGUAUGGUAAUUUUUCAAAGAAUAUAAAUAAGGAUGAGUUGUUAAAUAAUGCGAAUGAAUUUGUUGUAAAAUAUCAAGAACUUGAUGGAGAUUCUAAUAAUACUACUGAUAGUUCAUUUAAACAAAUAUUGUCUGCGUUAUCAGCUGAUUAUGAUCAUUUAAAAACUGAAUGUAAAAAUGAUCAACCGCUUCCAGAGAUAACAGCAAACAUUUCUGCACUAACAUCUGGAGAGACAUCAUCAAGUUCGUCGAUAGAAAACAGAUUAUUUACAGUUUUAUCGAUAUUUGGUGCAAUAGCAUUUUUUUUAGGAAUUUCUUAUAAGUAUUCGUUAUUUGGAUUUCGGAAACGGGCUCAAAAACAAUAUUUAAGAGAAAAAAUAAAAAAUAUAAAGAGGAAACUGGAUCAUUAA